AUGAACACAGCGACUAAAAUAAACGAACAGUGUUCACGGCAGAUGCCAACUCGACUUGCACGUUUUGUAAAAGCACUUCAAGUUGAUGGACACGAUCCCAGAUUAUUGUGGCUCGGUCGGUUCCGACCCGUUAAGUUCGCUUUCCGACGACUUCCUUACCGCCAGAAGUUCAAACGAAGUUUUCAGUUACUUUCUGCAAACUUUGAGCUGGAAUCGACUGGAAUUAUACCGAAACCGACUCAGAUUUAA